GCUAUCAGUUUUUGCGCGCCAUCUGACAUUUCGGCAGUCCUGAGGCGCUCGUAGCACUAUUCCAGCACAGGAUGACAGUGAUAGGUUCAGCUGUGCGUGGUCUGGUAAAGGAGGCAUGCCGCCUGGCCGAUGCCGGCGGGGCCGGCGCGUUGCCAGCUGCGGCCGAGCUAGUGCAGUCGACACUGCUGGAAGCCCACCCCGCCGUCGCCUUGCGCGAGCUGCCGGAGCGCCGCAGUCGCGCCUCCUCUUCUAGCGGCCAGCAGACAGGUGAUGUGGCAUCCGAAGCUAGCCCAGACCCUUGGAGCCAGGCACGGCUGUACCUGCAGCAGCUGCAAGCUGAGCAGGGGCGGCAGCAGGAACAGCAGCAACGGGAACAGCCAGGUUGGGAAGUGCGCGAGGCAGGCGCCCCGGCUGGGGCCUCAGGCCAAGACGCCGGCGCAUCAGCAGGCGCCGGCUUUACGGAUGCUGUGCGGUCCGCCUUCUUUUGGCAGUGCUUUGAGCCGUGGGCGUCCGUGAUGCUGACUGCCUCGGGCGCCUCCGGCCCACCCAGUCGCCUGCAGCUGCUGCUGCGCGCACUGCUGCAGCUGGCGCCGGCGCCCGUGCUGCUGCAGUCGCUGGCAAGUCAUCUGUCCACUGUGGCUCCGAUGCGCGCUGCCGCGGUCGGGGGCGCGGCCCACGUGACUGCGCUCGGCGCAGAGGCGGCCGCGGCGGCGCUGGCGCAGCGCUUCGUCGCGCCCGGCUGCAGUGGCGUGGCCGAGCUGCUGACGUGCCAGGCGGCCGCGACGCUCGCGCGGCAGGGACGGCAGGGGCAGGGCCAGCAGGGGCAGGGCCGGCAGGGGCAGGAUGUGUCGGGAGCGCAGCAGCAGCUGUUACGGCAGCUGCUGCUGGCGCCGCCCGAUGCGGCUGCCGGCGGCGGCGGCGGCGGCGGUGGUGAGGACGGUGCACUUGGCGCCGGCGCGCUGGCGGGUCUGCUGGUGUCGCUGCCGGACCGGGCUGCUGGAGUGCUGGCUGGCCGCGGCCGGAUGUGGCUAGGCAGAUUCGACGAUGGGGAUCAGGAGGAAGUGGAGGAGCAGGAGCAGGCAGCGGGGCUGGCUGGAGGCAGCUCUCGGGGGCUUGUGGGGGCGCGGCUGGGCCUCCUGAGCCCCGCUGCUUUUUCCUGGCGGGUGUUGCUGCAGCUGCUGGCGGUGCUGCGGGACCCGCAGGCGGAGGCGGGACGGGCCCUGGAGCAGAUGUACAGGCGGUGGCAGCAGCAGUGCGGGCAGCAGGAGCGGUCGCAGCAGCCAGAACACGCGGGGCAGCAGGCCUCAACAGGCAACGGGGAUGGCGACGUUGACAACAGCAGCGGGAGCGGGAGCGGGCCGGCAAGCGCAGCUGGUACCAACGGCAGCACGGCCCCCGAGUGUCCGCAGCAGCACGCGCUGGACCCGGGAGUCCUGAGGGCCGCGGCGGCGGAGCUGGCGGGCGAUGUGGCGGCGGCGGCGGUCGGGCUGCUAGCGGAGCUGGCGGAGCGACUGGCGGUGCGGGGGCAGGCGGCGGCUGUAGCAGACGCGCUGCUGGCGAGCUGUCCCAGUCUGGCUGUAGCAUACGAGCUGGGGCCUGGUGCGUCCGGCAGUAGCAGUGACGCGGGCGGCGACAGCUGGGCCGAAGCCGAGGCACGGCUGCGGGAGGGCGUGGAGGCGGCGUUGUUGCGUUUGGUUGACGCAAGCCCUGCAGCCGCUGAUAAGCUGCUGACAGCGCUGCUGGACCGCGCUGUGGCCGCCGCUGCCAUCGCAGUUGCCGGUGACGAGGCAGCACCUGGCGCGCCGGGGCAAAAGCAAGAUGGGGCAGCGACGCCCGGGGUGGCGGCAGCAGACCUGGCGGAGGCGAUGCGGCAGCGGCGGCGCGAGGAGUUCCUGGGUCUGACGCCGCCGCUGGCGCCGGCGGCAGUGGCGGCGGCGGUGGCGGCGCUGCGGCUGCUGCUGCCGCCGGCUGUGGCGGCGCACGGGGCUGUGUCGUACGUGCUGGCUGACGCCAUGUGGCUGUCGCUGCGGCGGCCUGCACUGCCGUACGACUGCAUGCAGGUCCUGGCCGCGGCGCUGCCCGCCCUGUACCCAGCCGGCGACAACGGCGGCCGCCAGCACGCCGCCGCCGCCUGCGCGCUCGCCGCCGCCUGGGCCGACGCCGCCGCCGUCACGCGCACGCCGCCGCAGCGCCACGGCUCGCUCUCCAUCUCGCUGCUCCUGCUACUCGCACGGCUGCCCGGCGACGUCGGCACCGCCGCCGGCGCCGCCGCCAGCCGUACCGCCGUCGAGUCCACACCCGGCCUGAUGGGUGGGGUGCUGGCGGGUGUGUCGGCACGGCUGGGAAGUCCGCUGGCGGGGGUGCGGCAGGCGGCCAUGCGUGUGGGUCGCGGCCUGAGUCGGCUGCUUGACCCCAGUGCGGACCUGUUUGGGGACCUGGGGGUGGACGUGAGCGCGCUGGCGGUGGAGGAGCUGUGGCCAGGGGCCCUUCCGCGCCAGCUGCUCUGGCGCUCCCCCGCAGCGGACGCAGCAGCAGCAGCAGCAGCAGCAGCAGCCUCCGCCUCUGCUGGGGCAGCUGCAGCUGCAGCUGCAUCCCCCAAGCGUCAACCCACCACCAGCAAAGUAUCGGCAACGCCUGCUGUUGCCGGAACCGUGGUUGGUGGCGCCGCCGCCUCUGCGGCCGCCGGGGACGGCGACGACAAUGACGGCGCCGCCAGCAUUCACACCACCACCGACAGCGAUGACGAGGAUCCGGAGGAUCUUGAGGAUGAAGAUGAGGAAGAUGAGGAGCUACGGCCGCUGGGUGCGAGUGUGGAGGAGAUGGAGGGCGACGCGGGCGCGGACGAGUGGCGGCGCGCCGAGGCGCCGGCGCUGCAGCUGCGGUCUGUGGCGGCGGCGCUGCGCAAACAAGACGACGUGGGCGGCGUGCUCAAGGCGCUGGGGCGACUGGAGGCGCUGAUCCGCGCCGCCCCCGAUGAGCUGGGGCUUGCGGCUCCGGAGCUGGUGCGCGCGCUGCUGCACUGCCGCGUGCCCGAGUGGGCGGAGUCGGAGCCCGAGCAGCAGAGCGCGCCGGGGCAGCAGAAGAAGCCGGGGCAGGGGCAGGGGCAGCAGGAUGGCGCUGGUGGCGGAGGGGGCGCCAGCGGAGGCGGUGCGGCGCUACAGCGGAUGCGGUGCCUUGUGGCGCUGCUGGCGGUGGCGCCCCUGCCAGCCGGCGACGCGCUGCUGCCCGAGGUCUACUCGCCGCACCUGGACACGCACCAGCGCUUGACGCUGCUGGACGCGCUGGCGGCGGCGGCGGCGGAGCUGGCGGCGGACCCGCGGGCCGCGCCGCGACUGGCGCAGGGCCCCGGCGGCCGACCCGUGCUGGAGAGGGGCCCGGCGGCGGCGCCCGCGGCACCGGCGCUUACGGCAGGCUGGCAGGGAGGGGAAGCGAUGGCGGCGGGUGGCGCAGGCGCGCUGGGCGGCAGGCGCGGCCCGAAGACGCGGGUGUGGGCGCCGGCGGCGCUGCGGAAGCGGCGGGAGGAGGAGCAGGCGGUGGCGGCGGGGCGGCAGGGCGCGGGGCCGGGCGGCGCACACACGUACCGCAACCGGUUCGCGGACGUGGCACUGCGCUGGGCCGCGGGGCUGCUCCGGGAGGUGGACCGUGUGAAGCACGGUGUGGACCUGCUGGGUCGCGACCACGUGGUGCUGGGCCGCCUGCUGGCGGUGCUGGGCGGCUUCGCGGAGGCGGCGGCGGGCAGCACCGCGGCGCCGCCACUGGCCAACGCCACACUGGAGCUGCUGCGCUCGCCGCAGGUGCAUGAGCACCCGGAGCCCUUCGUGCGGCGCGCCGCGCUGCUGGCGGCGGGCCAGGUGCUGGGCCACCUGCCGCCGCCGGCCGUGGCGGCGGCGCUGCUGGGCGGCGGCGGGUCUGGCGGCGCCAGUGUGCUGGCGGCAGCGCUGCCGGGUGGCGGCGGGCCGGGCGGCGGCGGCCGCGACGGCGGCGGCCUGGGCGAGCGGCUGGAGUGGGUAGCGGGCUGGAGCCGGCGUGUGGCGGCCGAGGACGGCGACCCGCACUGCCGCCUCAUGGCGCAGGCCUGCGUCAACCUGCAGUCGGACCUGGCGUCGCGCUGCCUGGCGUCCCUCCAAGACGCGGCCAGCACAGCAGCAGCUGGUGGCGGCCUGGGCGGCGGCGGCGGCGGUGUGCCGCAGGUGCUGGGUCUGGGGCAGACGGCGCGGCUGCUGGCGGGCGCCUCGGAGCCGCUGGGGCUGGGUCCCGGGCGCACGGGUGGCAGGGGCGGCGGCAGCGGUGGGCCGUGGGGCCUCUCGGCGGCGCUGGUCACGGACCUCAGCGCGUAGCCACUGAGGAGCGGUACAGCGCCGCGGGUGGCAAUGGAAAGCACUGCGGAUGUUGUGGAACGUGAAGUGGCCGUGAGUGCAUGGUGCGUCAGACAGCGCGAUGGCCGGCGUCGCCGGGGGACGGCGGAAUGGGUCCCAUGUCUAUGCUAGUGGAGUAGGGUAGGUGUGCGAUGGGACAGUGGUACGGCAAGUUGGUACAGUCCCGUAGGGUGCAGCUGAUUCCCAGAACCCAACAAAUGGCACACAAUUGGCAACGGCAGGGCAGGAGUGCGCGGCUGGUCGAACGCCGGAGUUACUGUACCGACGAGUUGCUGGCUGGCUGGAAGUUUGCUGACGCGCAUUCCUCACGCUCCGGGCGCCCGGCCAGGCGAUAGCACCACACAGACACAGCGCAACGACACACUCGCGAGGCAGAGCCGCAUCGCACCUGCAGGAAGGUGACCAGCGUCCACGGAUGAGCACCAGAGGCAACCACAGAGAAAAUGCAAACGGAAUGCAGCAAAGCAAUGGCCGGGCGACAGUGUGACAGGAGUGGAGUAGGGUAGGUGGCAGGGAGGUGCGGGGCGGUCACCGGCAGGCGGUGGAGGGUAGUGAGGUGUUGUGAGCGGUUCUCUGCCGUCGUUGGUGUCAGGUAAUGCAGAUGCCCGGACGGCCCGAUGACCUGUAACCUCGCCCACUG